GUUCCUCACAGACUCGGUGGCAAAAGUCUGUGAUGCGUAACGUUAGAGCUUAAUAUGUCUUGUUUCUUUAAAACGUAUGAUUUAUAGAUAACAAACCAUAACAACAUUGAAAACUCUUGUUAUAGAAAUUAGACCGCAAUACUCCCAGUCACAAGUUGUCUGUGGACAGGAUAGAGGAGGAACAACAGGCGCUUUGCCAACUUUAUUUCCUGGCUGGAGACAAUCAUGAUAUUAAAUCCUAUGUACUUAGCAUUAGCCUGCCAACUCCAGCUCUCAUAGGUGGCUAUUGGAAUGCUGUCAUUAAGUUAGACCUGUGUAUUUUUUCAUUUUGAUUAACCAAAGAACAACGAUCACUAUGAAUUUAUUGCCAUCCAAUCCACACGGUAAUGGAUUACUUUACGCUGGAUUUAACCAGGAUCACGGAUGUUUUGCAUGUGGAAUGGAAAAUGGAUUCAGGGUAUAUAAUACAGAUCCCCUUAAAGAAAAGGAAAAACAGGAGUUUCUUGAGGGAGGAAUUGGUCACGUGGAGAUGCUUUUCAGAUGCAAUUACCUGGCGCUUGUUGGAGGUGGAAAAAAACCCAAGUACCCUCCUAAUAAAGUGAUGAUUUGGGAUGACCUCAAGAAAAAGACUGUAAUAGAGAUUGAGUUUUCUACUGAGGUCAAAGCUGUUAAGCUCCGCCGUGACAGAAUUGUGGUCGUCCUGGAUUCCAUGAUUAAAGUCUUUACAUUUACACAUAAUCCUCAUCAGCUGCAUGUCUUUGAAACGUGUUAUAACCCUAAAGGUUUGUGUGUCUUGUGCCCAAAUAGCAACAAUUCAUUGCUAGCAUUCCCAGCUACUCACUCCGGACAUGUUCAGAUAGUAGAUCUGGCCAACACAGAGAAACCUCCUGUUGAUAUUCCUGCCCAUGAAGGUGCUCUGUGCUGCAUCGCUCUCAACCUUCAGGGCACGAGGAUAGCAACAGCUUCUGAAAAAGGGACACUGAUCAGAAUAUUUGACACAUCAGCAGGUCAUCUUAUUCAGGAGCUAAGAAGGGGAUCACAAACAGCAAACAUAUACUGCAUCAAUUUCAAUCAGGAUGCAUCUCUCAUCUGCGUGUCUAGUGAUCAUGGAACAGUCCAUAUAUUUGCUGCAGAGGAUCCUAAAAGGAACAAGCAAUCCAGCUUGGCAUCAGCCAGUUUUCUACCCAAGUAUUUCAGUUCCAAAUGGAGUUUCUCCAAGUUCCAGGUUCCAUCUGGUUCUCCGUGUGUCUGUGCCUUUGGAACAGAACCCAAUGCUGUUAUAGCUAUUUCUGCUGAUGGCAGCUACUACAAGUUUCUGUUCAACCAGAAAGGGGAGUGCUCAAGGGAUGUUUACGCUCAGUUCUUAGAAAUGACCGACGAGAAGAUUUGAGCGUUGCCACUACUAAGUUACAGGAUGUUAAAGGACUCAAGUGGCACUCAAAUGACAGACUCACUUUUUGGGAGAUCACCACGUCAAAGCUGUAGAGGAGAGGCCAAAAGAAACUUCUCUCUUGAUUUAAACCACAAGAGACCUUUCUAUGAAUAAGCAGAGAGAUGACUGAAAAACUGUGACUACAGAGAACUGCAGGACUAUACAGAGCGAGAACAGGAAGAUGUUAUUUUUUGAAAGGACAAGUUUUUUUAAGUGUCUUCCAUUGGGAUUUUUUUUAAGCGUUGGAUGUCUUUGGCUAGGUAGCAAGAACGAUUGUAUUUGUCCACUAACAAAAACCUAAUGUAAUGUAGGGAGUGCCUCUGUAAUUCUGAUGAGAGGUGCAUCAUUCACCGUAUGUAUUUAUAAACUACUCGGUAGUGUUAGAUAUCGUUUUACUUCAUGUAUGAACACAAGAUACAAGGAGAAAUUAAAAAACUACAUAGACUUACAAUGUAUAGACUAGUAUAACAAAAACAUUUGACAUUGUAAAUGUGUGCUUCUUAUUUCAUGCAAUGGAGUUUUCUUUAUUUUUGUGUGUACGCAAGUACUUGUUGUAAUUUAAGAGAAACGAAUCUGUAUUCUCACUGCUCUGUUAUAGUUUUGCUUAAACUACAUGAGAAAUACAAAAAUAUGCACAAAGGAUAACCCAUGGAUAAGAAAUUAUGAUUUUGUCAUCUAUACAGUUUGCAUUUUCUGUCUAAAAGAGAGUUCUCACAAAAAUGUAAAUUCUGUCAUUAUUUUCUCAUUCUUAUGUUGUUACAAACCUGUAUAAAUGUCUUUGUUUUGAUGAACACCCAGGAAAAUAUUUUGAGGAAUGUUUGUAACCAAACGAUCAUGAGCCCCAUUCACUUAUAUAGUAGGAAUAAAAAAUACUGUUUGGUUACAAACAUUCCUCAAAAUAUCUUCCUUUGUGUUCAUCAGAACAAAGAAAUUAAUACAGGUUUGUAACAACACGAGAGUGAGAAAAUGACAAAAUUUUCAUUUUUGGGUGAACUAUCCCUUUAACUGAUUGAAAUAAAAUCAGCAGCUGUAAAAAUGUAUAUUUUCAUUCGAAAGCUAAUUUUGUUAGGAGGUUAAAUGUAAGCAAUGUUUGGAUGUAAAUUAAAUACUACUUGAACAUGUUUGCAAGUUAACACAAUAAACCACAACUGAUUUGCUUUUCAUUUACCAGUGGUAUUAGUAAAAGUAAUAUUUCAUACCAGUUUGCUAUGCCCUCAGACCAAUGGCUUUAAAGACCAGUCCACUUAAAUUCUACAAAGUGCCCGGUCUUCUCACCUGAUCAUGUAGUAUUUUGUAUUUUAUGUUUGCUAUUUUUACUGUUCUUUAAAAUUAAUCUGUAUGCUAUUUUGUUACUCAUUUGAUGAUUUUGUCACAGAUAAUGUGCAAGAAUUUGUGCUUGAUAUUCAUAUGCUCUGUGAGCCCUGCUUUCAGCAUUAUAUGACAUAUUAAAAUAUUAUAAAAUUAGAA